AUGAGUUACCCCGGCGCCAACCCCGGCGUAGGCUUCGGCCAGGGUUCACAGUACCCGAUGUACCCGCCCACUGGGUUCAGCGGAGCAGGGCAGUACCCGCCUGUACCUGGAGCCUCGCCCUACCCUCCCGCCCCGGGCGCUUCGCCGUACCCUCCCACCAUACCCAGGGAGUUCGCCUUACCCCCCUGCCCCGGGAGGGUCGCCUUACCCGCCUGUUCCAGGGGCUUCGCCGUACCCUCCGGCACCGGGGGCCUCUCCCUACCCGCCUGCCCCAGGGGCGUCGCCCUACCCUCCCGCCCCUGGGUCGUCUCCCUACCCUCCUGCCCCGGGGGCAUCGCCUUACCCCCCCGCGCCGGGGGCUUCGCCAUAUCCUCCUGCCCCGGGAGCCUCGCCUUACCCUCCCGCGCCGGGGCGUCACCGUACCCACCUGCCCCAGGAUCGUCUCCGUACCCGCCGGCCCCCGGAGGGUCCCCCUACCCGCCGGGCGCGGGGGCGGGUUACCCACCAGCUCCCGGGGCUGGCCCUUACCCUGCGGGAGGGCCCCAGCAGUACCCUCCAACCACCGGCGGCGCCUACCCUCCCGCUGGAGGCAGCUCGUACCCGGGUAGUGGCGCAGGGUAUCCGCUGCCUGGUGGCAGCCCUUACCCCGGUGGACAGCCGGGCCAGGCCCCCAGCACCGGAUACCCCGGUGGCAGCCCCAGCCCCAGCCUGAGUGCCCAGGCAGUCCAUCGUACUCAGGCGGCAGCUCCGUCCGGCAGGGUCCUGGCCUACUCGGAGAUCCCCACUGUUUCGCCUGCAGGGCACUUUGACCCUAGCAGUGAUGCUGCCGCCCUGAGGAAGGCCAUGAAGGGCUUUGGGACUGAUGAGGCUGCCAUCAUUGCAGUCCUGUCCCGCAGGACCUCCGACCAGCGCCAGCAGAUCAUGCUGAAGUACCAGCAGUCCUAUGGCAGGGAGGAAGGAGAUGAUACUAAGAAAGGACUCACUGGGGACUUGGUGAAGGACCUUAAGAGCGAGCUUAGUGGCAAAUUCGAAGACGUCAUUCUUGCUUUGAUGACCCCUCUGCCGCUCUUCCUUGCCAAGGAGAUCAACCACGCCAUUGCUGGGGUCGGAACCAAUGAGAGAACCCUAGUAGAGAUCCUGUGCACUAGGGACAAUGCCUCACUUAUGAUGAUCAAGAAUGCCUACUAUCAGCAUUUCCGCAAGAAGCUGGAGGAAGACCUUCAUGGCGACACCUCGGGAGAUUUCCGCCGUCUCCUCAUUUCUAUGUGCGCAUGUGCCAGGGACGAGGCAGGCUGUGAUCCAGCCCUGGCAAACAACCUGGCCCAACAGCUAUACAAGGCAGGUGAAGGCAAGAUUGGAACAGAUGAGUCAGAAUUCAACCGCAUCCUGUCAGCUUACUCGUAUCCUCUCCUGCGCUGUGUGUUUGAAGAAUACAGGAAGAUUAAGGGAAAGACCUUUGGUGAUGCCAUUGAUUCUGAACUGUCUGGAGACCUGAAGCUUGGCAUGAAGACCAUCUAUCUGUGCAUUGAGAACCGAGCAGCCUUCUUUGCCAAGGAGCUGCAUAAUUCCAUGGCUGGGGCCGGCACCAACGACAGGGCUCUUAUUCGCCUGGUAGUGUCUCGCUCCGAGAUUGACAUGGGCAACAUCAAGCAGGAAUAUCAGAAGCUGUACAAGAAGCCCUUGGAGAAGGACAUCAAGGAUGACACCUCGGGCGACUACAAGAGAGUACUCCUUGCGCUUGUUGAAGGCUAAGGCUAAGUGCUUUCUCCCCCACUCAACUAAUUUUGCCUUCCCUGUAAGACCCGAGAUUCUAAUGCGGUGCAAUCUGUUCUAGGACGAUGUUGGCGGAGACUACAAGAAGCUCCUUAUGGGGUUGGUUGAUGGCUAGACCUCUCACUUGCUUACCAGAGUUCUGACUUGCCAUCUCCACACAGACAUUGGAGGAAAUUCUUACCUAGUAGUGUUUAAAGGAUUCAAGAGUGCUAGUAGUAUAGCCGUAUUUUGUAAGGAUUUUCUCUCUACCUUUUUUUUUCUGUUUUGGUCUCCUUUUUCUUUUUAAAGUUAAACAGUUUUUGUGGGUACAAAGUGUGCCCUUUUUUUUUUUUUUUUUUUUUUUAUUUCUUUCUUUUUCUUUUCCUCCUUUGUCAGUAAUUCCAGACUUCAGAUCAGUGAAGCUGCUCUUGCGUUUAUCUCUUUACGUUAGAAAAUGCCACGUCGAGAUUGAGAUAGAAACUGAAAAUGUCGAGCAAGAAAUAUCGACAGUCUAACCGGGAAUGUGUAAUGGGGUUUGUUGAGUAGAUGGAAGAAAGUAGUCUGUUUGUUGUAUUAAAGAGAACACGAUUUUUAUCAAGAGUAAUUUUGUGCAAGAUUCUUGUAAGCGAGAAAUUCUCGAUUUUUUAACUCUUCAGUCUUUGCAUGGAACAGAGCCAGUUAUUGUAUUUUGAGCAAUUAAUAUGUCAGAGAAUGUUCUUUUUUAUAUACAGAUUUCUAUUUUAGAUUGUCUGUAUGUUGAUGCAUUGUCUAUGUCUGUAAUAGAUAUAUAUCAUAUGAUAUUGAUAUUACAGUAUUUUACAAGUAUUAAUACAUCCAAAAAGAGGUAAUUCAUUCUAAGUGUUGUCAAAUUUUCAUGAAUGUCUAUAUGAGAUUUAAUUCAUUGAGCUACAUAUAGACAAAAAAAAAAAAAAAAAAAAAAAAAGUCCUGAAUAUAUGUUUAAAUUACAUUGGUUUUAUAUGUAAAAGGAAAUUGUUUUAUUUGUACUUAUUUCUGAGUACUUACUAUUCUAUAAAGUAUAUCUUAUUAAUUAUCAAAAAUAAAGGAUGUGACUAAUCAGG